AUGAAUGUGGAUGAACAUGGUAAUCAUGUAAAUCCAGGACAACUUGAAAUAACUGAUUUCGAUUUGAUUCUUUACCAAAGAGGUAAAUCACCCAUUAAAUGGCCUUUGAGAACUCUCAGAAGAUACGGUUUCGAUGCUGAACAUUUUAGUUUCGAAUCUGGGAGAAGGUGUCAAACAGGACCUGGGAUUUAUGCUUUUCGAUGUCGCAGAGCUGAACAAUUAUUUAAUCUUUUACAAAGUAGAAUUCAAACAAGGUUGAAUGGUGAAAAUGAAAUAAAUGAUAAUUCUGGGAAUUUUGGUAAUUCCAUCAUCAAUAGGGAUUCAAUGUAUUUGGAACCGGCACCGUUGAGGAGAGGGAAUCCCGGUAGUAGGUUUUCAUCUCAAAAUGGCAUGACGCGUUUGAGUUCGGUCGGUAGCGCGAGUGGAAGUUUGGGACCAUUGUCACCCCAAAGUGUCAAUUCCGUACCUUUGCCAUUGGAUACGGUGCCACUCAUUCCUCCGCUUCCGACGAAUCGUACGACAAAUCAAAAUUUGUACGCGAACGAAGACAUAAUCGCAUCCGUGACGCAAGAUAUGGAAGAAACGAAUAAUAAUAAAACGUUGAACGAACCCUCUUAUUCACCGUUGGAACCCUCUUAUUUGAAUUCAACGGUUUUGGAUUUGUUGGCAAAAGACGAUUUGAACAAUAUAACGAACGGUGAAAACGAUGAAAAAGACGUGGUAGGAGAUGAACCAUCUAGUCCGCUCAUAGAUAAUAAUCAUUUGUACAUGAAUAUAAUACCGGGAACGGAUAAGGUAGCACCGAGGCUGAAUUACAUAGUUUUAGAUUUGGAACCGAGUACCGGGGAUCCGCCGAAAUCACCGACGUCUAUGGCACCCCCGGAUCCGACGAGAAAACUUUCCGGUGGUUAUGCCGCCAUUGAUUUUAAAAAAACCGUCGCGCUUUCUCAUUCGGUCAAUCCGAAUUUCGACACGGACAGUGAAAGUUUAAGAAAAACGAGACACAGUUCGAACGCGAAUUCAAAUUUGUUCGCGAACGAAAGGCACAAUUCGACAACGGCCAACGAGUAG